AUGAUCCUGGAGGGACACCUGGACAGCCUGGGGAACUUCCAGGACCGCGCUGCGAUUUGGGACGGGGGCCCCGACGCUCUCAGGCGCCCCGGGCCCGGGGGUCUGCGCGCGGGGAGGCCCCUGCGUAAGGUGCUCCGGCCAGAGCCCGCCGGCACCGCAUGCGCCCGGGCGGGAUGCUUACCCUGCGGGUGCCGCUCCCGGAAGGCGGACGAACGGGCAUCGGAGGCGGCGGCUUCCCGGCCCUCCCGCCCCGGGCCGGCUACGCCACGGCUGCCACCCUCCGACUGCGACCCGAGGGGAUCCCGGCGGCGAGCCUGGGCCCGCCCACAUGCAGGUCACGUCACCGGCCGGGCGGGGCGCCGCGGGCCCAGGUGCGCAGGCCCGGCGGGAGGGGCGGGGCGUCGUGGGCACCGGCGCGCAGGUGCUGUGGCCGGCGGCGCGCCGUGUACCUGGUUGCGCAGGCGCGGCGGGAGGGGCGGGGCGUCGUGGGCACCGGCGCGCAGGUGCUGUGGCCGGCGGCGCGCCGUGUGCCUGGUUGCGCAGGCGCGGCGGGGGGCGGGGCGGGGCGUCUUGGGCUCGGCUGCUCAGGCCUGGUGGUCGGCUUGGGGCUGGUGGCGGCAAAAACGGGGUCUCUACUGGCCUAGGCCCCAGCACCCCAGGGCGCCCCUCACCGUCAUCAUUCUGCGUCAGGCCUGGCGUCCGGGGACCCUCGUGACUCGUUCUCCCGGCGCCGCGGGUCAGCCUCCGUCGCACCUGGUGGAGCGGCUCCCACAGCCUGGCUGCCGCGAUCCGGCCCCGGAGCCCCCGAGUCGCUCCAUUUUAAAUUGCCUUGUUAAGAAAGAGGUAGGCGUUGCAGUGCAGCCUCCCCGUGGGCGACCGCCACUUGCUGAUCUUCCCGUCUUCCGGAUGAGGAAACUGAGGCACAAAAACAUGAAUAGCUUACCCGAAGUCAUACUGAAAAGUGAGGAUCCUAACCCAGCUAGUCUGGCUGUAGACAAAUACUCCUAACUUACCACAUUGGAGAGAGAUUGUUGGGACAGAAGGACUUGAUGGAGGCCUGCUUUUGGGGAGCCUUGGAGGAUAGGUCAUUGUGCCAGUUUGAAUGUAUUGUGUCCCCCAAAUGCCAUUAUCUUUGUGGUCUUGUGGGACAGACGUUUUGGUGCUGGUUAGAUUUGCUUGGAAUGUGCCCCACCCAGCUGUGGGUGGUGACU